AUGAAUUCUACAAAUAACGAGACAUCAUUACCAAUAAUUCGUUGUUCAUUACAAGAUCGUGUUUAUGAACCUACUUAUUUAUUUUUUAAAUCAAUAAAUUCAACAUAUUUACGUUUACUUAUUGGACCAGGCAUAUUACUUAAUUCACUUUGUCUAUUUAUACUUUCUCGGCCGAGAUUAUCAAAUAAAUCGACUACUAUUAUAUUUUUACGUGUUCUUGCGCUUUUUGAUAUAUUAUCAAUUACAUUUAAAUACAUUCGAGCAGAAAUCAAUUAUCAAUCAGUUGAAAAGGGUCGUGAGAUAUUUUUAUUAACUUCAUCAGUUUGUAAAGCAUUAUAUGUAUUAAUGAAUGCAUGCAUUUCAAUUGCUAUGUGGACCAUUGUUUUAAUGAGUUUAGAUAAAGCUGUCGCUGUUAGUUGUCCACUUAAAUCAAGUCUUAUUGUAGCUGCUAACAUUGUUAUUGUGGUUGUAUUACAUUGUGCUUCGCAUAAUUGGCGAACAUCUAAUGAUUCUAACAAACAAGAGUCUGAUUUAAGUUGUUGCAAAAAAAAUUUAUCGACAGCAUCACUUCAACAAAAUUGUACCGAUAGAUCAACAACUACAGUAGCCGAAUUAGUAUUAGCUACAAAACGACGUACAAAUGCACAAGUUACACGUAUGCUUUUAGCUGUUACAUUAUCGUUCAUUAUAUUAUAUUUUCCUCAUAUAACGUUUAGUUUUGCAAUAAAACCACUUAUUAGUCGUCCAUGUUCUGAGAUUAGUGAUCAUGAUAUAGUAGUAUAUAAACUUGGAUUUUAUUUAAACAUUAUACAACAUAUAUUGUCGGACUUACCCCAUGUAGUUAAUUUCUUCUUAUAUUGUUUAGCUGGAAAAAAAUUUCGAAGUAUAUUUAUAAAUGAAUUUCAUCAAUUACUUGUUGAUUUUCAUUUAAUAAAACAAAGAGAUAGAUGUCAUACAUAA